AUGGAAGACGGUCAGUGUCCCUGGCUGCGGUGCGUGUUGAUGAGUGGUAGGUUGAGGGGACUGGGAGUGGAGCGGGAAGAUGAGCUAUACUCCACCUUGUACGUGUGGCACAAAUUGUACAGAUUCUUCGGAGUAGUAAGCGGAUCAGGUUACAAAUGUGAUCCUUCGGCAUGUGAGAAACAAUGUAAGCAGUGUAGCAACCCCAGAUGUCAAUGUGAAUGCCCCUGUUGUAAAAGUAGAAAUGGAGGCAUAAGCACUCCUGACUGCAGUAGCCAUUCCCCCGGUGCCGCCUCUUCCCGCAGUCAACAGCAAACCCUCACUCUACCAUAUUCCACCAGCCCCUCUGACUCACAAUCUUCUUCCCCCGCCCCUUACAUCAUCGCCGCCGUCGCCCUCAUCAUCGUCGUCAUCUGCGCCAUGGUCUACUUCCGCAUCCGGCCGUUCCACAGGGUGCGGUAUCUACUGCGCAGCUGA